AUGAUAAAGGAGCGGUUCAAGGAUUACCGCAGUAAGUUACACCGGCAAUACAAGCAGUGCAUGAGCCACGAGGAGGCCGUACAGUCCGCACCGCUGCACGUGACCGAUUGUGAUAGGUUUUCGUCUGAUUCUUUUCAGAAGAGGAGUAAAAUAAAUUCUGACAAUAGAGGAAUGUUAGAAGUGAACCACGUAGCUGGUUCAAAGUCAUUUGUACGACUUCGUCACGACAUGCGAGAUUCCGUCACUGGCCAGGAGCCCGGACCAGUAAACUUCUACAAAGGGACUCACUGUCGGCAGUCGACAGGAUCUUGGGUACAUCAUAGAGCCAGCGAGAUUUGGGAGGAGAUGAACACCUUACGCAGUCAGCCCACUCCCGAUGGUACUCAGCGGAGUGAGCAAGAGAUCCUGAGUCAGGUGCUUGGCAUCCGUUCUAGAUAUGUGUGUGGGUUUGGCCAUGGUGCCAAGCUCAUGGCACCCGCUAAAGCUGCCUCCAGCCGAUUCAUCGUCGUUGGCGACAGUACCGUACGCCGAGCUGAUACUGCAGAGAGAGAGGUUCAGCAGUUACGGGUUGUCGUCGAUGACAUCAAAAAUCAGCUGGACAGACAGAGGGAGGAGUAG